AUGGAAAAUAAAGGGCCAUCACAGAAAGGUUCCCUCCUUCUGCUGCUGCUAUUGGGUUCCAACCUGCUCUUGAGCAAGAGUGUGGCCUCGAUGGCCAUCUGUCCCAAUGGGGCUGUCAACUGCCAAGUAUCCCUCCCAGACCUGUUUGACCGUGCAAUCAUCCUAUCGCACUACAUCCAUGAUCUCUCCGCAACAAUGUUCACCGAUUUUGAUAAACAGUAUGGCCAGGGCCGUGGUUUCAUUACCAAGGUCAUCAACAGUUGUCACACAUCUUCGCUCUCUACUCCUGAAGACAAGGAGCAAGCCCAGCAGAUUCCUCAAGAAGACCUUCUCAGUGUGAUUCUCAGCAUGCUGCGUUCCUGGAACAUUCCUCUCUAUCACCUAGUCAUGGAAGUGCGUGGAAUGCAAAAAGCUCCAGAAGCUAUCUUGUCAAAAGCCAUUGAGAUAGAGGAGCAAAACAAGCGCCUUCUUGAGGGCUUGGAGAAGAUAGUCGGCCAGGUUUAUCCUGUAAUAAAAGAUAACGAGAUCUACACUGUGUGGACAGAACUUCCUUCUCUGCAGUUGGAAGACGAGAAUGCACGCCUCUCUGCUUUCUAUAACCUGCUCCACUGCUACCGCAGGGACUCACACAAGAUUGACAAUUAUCUCAAGCUCCUGAAGUGCCGAAUGUUCUAUGACAGCAAAUGCUAA